AUGAUGGACAACAAGAUACAACCAAUGGAAAUGAAGAGACUGUCACUUCCUAAAGAAUCUCUGACAGAGUCUCAGCUUAAUACCGCUAUAAUGGAUAUGGUGCAUACCAAUCAGAACUGGAACAAAUGCCAAAUGAUUUGCCGCGGAAACCCAAUCACGGAUGCCGGGAAGAGACUGCACAUGUUAAAAAUGUUGAUAAUAGUGCUGAUUCCAGUUAUCGUACUAACUGGUAUGACGACGAAUACCUUUAUUGUCUCUCUUGACAACUACAUCAGCUUAUUGAACAUUCGAAGCAUCCUUUACUUUAGUAUCGAGUUAGGGUGGCUGUUACGUAUGAUGCAGCGAGAGCGUGAUAUUAGCGCCCUCUACAUCAGUAGUAAGAGUCCUCAGACAAAGGAUUUUCUUUUAGAUCGCUACCCUGAUACAGAUGUAGGACUUCAGAAUUUGUCAUUUUGGCCUACAGGUGCAACGAUUGUCAGGACAGAGUUCCAAACAAAGGAGAGUUUUCUAUCAUACCUGAAUCGACAUCGGUAUCAACUUGAAUCGUAUAACAGAACAUCAAAGGACGAAGUAGCCUUCUAUUCCGAUAGUAUCGAGGUCUUCAUCAAAUGGUUGUACCAGGCAAUCGUGGAAGCGCGAUCAGGAACAGUAUGGCCAAAAUUGGUUGCGUAUCAAGAAAUUGUAGUUGCUAGUGAGUACUUUGGAAGAGAACGAGGCUUAGGAGUAGCAUUUUAUGCUAUAGGGGGUUUUGCGACUCGAGAUGAAUAUCUUGACUUUGUUGAAAGUCAGGAUAUUGCAAACAUUACAUUUGAAUCUGCAAGACGAUAUUCUGAGUUAGCUUACAGUAUUUAUGAAGAUACCCUUGUGAGAAAUUCAAGCGUUAUCCAGCCAAUCAAUGACAUGAGAAGAGAAAUAAGAAACAAUCGAAGUUCUGCAGUGAAGGGCUCCUUCAAGUAUGCGAAUUGGUGGUUUGAAAACAUGACUGUUUACCAAGACACUCUUCGUGAGGUACAAAUUCGCCUGGCUUUAGAGAUAGACGAGAUCCUGCGGAAAGAAGCAGAGGAUGACUUGAAAAAUAUUGUAGUCAUUUCAGUCGUGUUUGGCAUUAUAUUGAUCAUUUGCCCACUCAUCGUCUUUGCCGUGUAUUCACUGACUUCUGAGAUCCAGAAGUACUCUAUCUCCAUUGCGAAUCGGACCAAGGCUUUGAACAAAGAGAAGAAGCGAACAGACACCCUGUUGUACCAGAUGUUACCAAGAUCCAUUGCCGAACGACUGAAACGGAACGAGGAGAUAGGGCCCGAAAACUACUCUGAAAGCACAGUAUUAUUCAGCGAUAUCGUGGGCUUCACGCAAAUUGCUUCACAGUGCUCUCCCCUACAAGUGGUUGAUAUGUUGAAUAGUCUCUACUUGUGCUUCGACGAAAGACUCGAACUGUUCGACGUGUAUAAAGUUGAGACCAUCGGGGAUGCAUACAUGGUGGUCUCCGGUGUGCCGAAACUUAAUGGGAGUCGCCAUGCAGCAGAGGUAGCUUCAAUGGCUGUUGACAUCCUGGAUCACAUUGAGCGCCUAGAAAUACCCCACCUACCAGGCACAAAAUUUCAACUGAGAAUCGGUUGUCACUCAGGUCCUGUCGUAUCAGCAGUGGUUGGUACGAAAAUGCCUCGCUACUGCCUCUUCGGUGUGACAAUCAACGUGGCCUCGAUGAUGGAAUCGUUUGGAGCAGCGAACAAAAUCCAUAUAAGCGAGACAACUCGUGACCUGCUGUGUGAAUCGGGCGGAUUCAUUGUUGAGGAGAGAACUGACUGUCCACAACAGUUGAAGGCUGAGGUAGAGAGAACUUUCCGUUGUGUGGUGAGGACGUACUGGCUUCUUCAUCGUGAGGGAAACGACGCGCUAGCUGCCCGUAGCCUUGGUUCCUCAACUGAUUGGCAGUAG